GGAAGGUCAGGGCGCCGCGGAGCGGAAGUGGGAGCCGGAGCCCGUCCGCCAUUGUGGGGAAGCGGAGCCCGGAGCAGGGGGGGAAGCGGCGCUGCGUCCGGCCGGCCGGCUCCUUCCAGCGGGACCCCGAUCGGCGGCGGCGGCGGCGAGCCCAGGCGGCGGCGACAAUCAGGCGGCGGCGGCGGGGAGGAGGCGGAGGGGAGCGGAGCGGCGGGCGGGCGAGCGGUCCCUGUGUGCGGAAUCACUCGAGGCCCAGGCGGAGCGGGAGCGGAGCGAGGGGAUCGCGGCUCCCCGUGAAGAAUGUCAGCCACCAGCGUCGACCAGAGACCUAAAGGACAGGGAAAUAAAGUUUCAGUACAAAACGGUUCGAUUCAUCAAAAGGAUGCAGUAAAUGAUGAUGAUUUUGAGCCAUAUCUAAGUAGCCAGACAAAUCAGAGUAACAGCUAUCCACCAAUGUCAGACCCAUACAUGCCUAGUUAUUAUGCUCCAUCCAUUGGAUUUCCAUACUCUUUAGGCGAAGCAGCAUGGUCAACUGCAGGUGACCCUCCAAUGCCAUACUUGACAACUUAUGGACAGAUGAGUAAUGGUGAACACCAUUAUAUACCUGAUGGUGUGUUUAGUCAACCUGGGGCAUUAGGAAAUACCCCUCCAUUUCUUGGGCAGCAUGGAUUUAACUUUUUUCCUGGGAAUGCUGACUUCUCUACAUGGGGCACAAGUGGAUCUCAGGGACAAUCAACACAAAGCUCUGCUUACAGCAGCAGCUAUGGCUAUCCACCUAGUUCUCUUGGGAGAGCUAUAGCAGAUGGACAGGCUGGAUUUGGCAGUGAUACUCUGAGCAAGGUGCCUGGGAUUAGCAGCAUUGAGCAAGGCAUGACUGGACUGAAAAUUGGUGGAGAUAUGACAGCUGCUGUAACAAAAACUGUAGGUUCAGCUCUGAGCAGUACAGGUAUGACAAGCAUUGCAGCAAACAGCGUGCCCGCAGUUAGCAGUUCAGCACCUAAACCAACCUCAUGGGCUGCCAUUGCAAGGAAGCCUGCUAAACCUCAGCCGAAACUCAAGCCUAAAGGUAAUGUGGGCAUUGGGGGCCCUGCUGUGCCACCACCACCUAUAAAACACAACAUGAAUAUUGGAACUUGGGAUGACAAAGGGUCAGUGGUAAAAGCACCCCCAGCCCAACCAGUACUGCCUCCUCAGACUAUAAUCCAGCAGCCUCAGCCAUUAAUUCAACCACCACCACUGGUGCAAAGCCAACUGCCUCAACAGCAGCCUCAGCCACAGCAACCACAGCAGCAACAAGGACCUCAGCAGCAGGCCCAGCCUCACCAAUUGCAGCAGCAACAGCUGCAAAACCGCUGGGUAGCUCCUCGUAAUAGAGGUGUGGGCUUUAGCCAGAACAAUGGAGCUGGCAGUGAAAACUUUGCUUUAGGUGUUGUAUCUGUCAGCUCCUCACCUUCUGGUGUGGAAGUGCACCCAGUGCUGGAGAAACUAAAGGCCAUAAACAACUAUAAUCCCAAAGACUUCGAUUGGAAUCUGAAGAAUGGACGCGUGUUUAUAAUCAAAAGUUAUUCAGAGGACGAUAUUCAUCGCUCCAUUAAAUACUCUAUCUGGUGUAGUACUGAACACGGUAAUAAACGCUUGGAUGCUGCUUACCGUUCACUGAAUGGAAAAGGCCCGCUCUAUUUACUCUUCAGUGUGAAUGGCAGUGGACACUUUUGUGGAGUGGCUGAGAUGAAGUCUGUUGUGGACUACAAUGCAUAUGCUGGAGUCUGGUCUCAGGAUAAGUGGAAGGGGAAGUUUGAUGUCAAAUGGAUCUUUGUCAAAGACGUUCCCAAUAACCAACUGCGGCAUAUUCGCUUGGAAAACAAUGACAACAAACCAGUUACCAAUUCGAGAGACACUCAAGAGGUACCCCUAGAAAAAGCCAAGCAAGUGCUUAAAAUAAUUGCUACUUUCAAGCAUACCACCUCAAUCUUCGAUGACUUUGCACAUUAUGAAAAGCGUCAAGAGGAGGAGGAAGCCAUGCGUAGGGAGAGAAAUAGAAACAAACAAUAACUAUAUGGAGAUGUCCUGCUAGAAUUACAACACUAAUGAUGUAGACUCUGGAAAUGCCUAAUAUGUCUAAGAAGACGUUAUUAAAGCUUUUUUCUGCUUAAGGUGACAUCUUUGAACACUUUAACACAAAAUUGACUCUUCUUGUAAUGGUUCUCAUCAGUGCAUCUGCCCUUAUACUCUCUCACCAAACACACUUGAGAACUGUACCUUCGUCAAGCACUUUCUGUCCUGAAGCUUUUACCAGUAUCUGCUGUCUUUUGUAUUUAUGCAUCCUAGCUAAGGCACGGGAGACCGAACGAAUGCAAGGAUUCAUUAACUCUUGAAUUUGUUAAAUACUAACAAUUAACCAUUAGAAGUGGUUCAAUGAUGUGAGAUUCACAUUGCUUCAACUUAUUUUUUUUCCUUGUUGUAGUUUUUUUUUAAUUGUCAGUUUUUAGCUAUUCAACAGAUUAAAAGCAAAUCAUGCCAUAUUUAGUCCUGGAGUAAAACUCAAGUCUAAAUGUUCAUGUGAAAAUUAUUGUAGUAAUCUUUUAAUAUGGCAAAGCAACUUUAAGAUGCAGUUUAGCCAAAUGAAACAUAACAUAAAAUUAUAUUAGAGUGACUUUUCCCUUGUUUCAAACUGUUUGGUGUAAGAGAAUAUUAAUAUGCAGCUUGGUGGAUACCACCAGUUAAUGCACAUUUCUUUAUUUUUUUUUUCUGUAACAUGUAUACUGAAAAAGUGCAUUUGUCUGAGGAACUGUUUGUUUGCUACCACUCAAUGAAUCUCAGUUUUGAGUAAAUGUACCUCAGUCUAAAUCAGACUUUUUAUGACCUUUAUAACUACAUUUAAAAUAAUCUUUAAUUCCUAUUUCUGGGUGUUUGCAAGCCUGACAAGAUUGCUAUCAUGGAAGUGAAAAUUUACUCCUCUAGGUGAUUCACUAGCUAAAUAAAUAUAAUUCUUGUUUAGCAAGCAUAUACUCUGGUUCUCAAAUUUUUUGUUUCACUGUCCCAUAUUCAGAUGUUUUUUUCCCUAUCUAAAAUAUUUCCAGGAAAGUACUUUGAUCCAUGGACAUGAUGUUUGUAGCCAUGUUUGCAAUUUUUUGAUUAGAACCAUGCAACAAGGAUUUUAGGAUGCAUAUUAAACUAGAUAAUUAUAUGCUAGUUUUAACUUGUGAAAACUAUAUCUUUUGUUUCAGUUUUUUUGUAGCAACACACAUUCUAUCUACUGGAAGAGACUAUUAAAUAUGUCAAGCAGGUAUAUUGACUGCACAAAAUACUGAACAGCCUGUACCAAACUCCAGGGAUAGCUUUCUCUUUUUAGAAUGGCAGUGUAGAAGGCAGAUAUCUUAUAGCUGAAAAUAGCAAUACUGCGUAUUAUUUGAAUGCGUUUCGUGUCUUACUGUCCAACACAGAUGUUUACAUUGUGUUUGGAGUCUUUCAUUUACAGAGUCUGCCAAUCAGAGUUCUGAAGCUUAGGUAUUGGCAUAGCUUUGUUUUGAAUAUAAACUAUUGCUAUAUUUUAGUUUUUCUCCCUUAAGCCCUUUGCAUACACAAAAUGUUCUAUACACACUAUUUUUACCCGUUAUUUAAAAUGUUGCUUGUAAAAAAGUAGUAGCAGAUAUGAAUCUUAAUUUUUGCUGCUGAUUUUCUAGAAGUUCAAAAGGGAAGUGACUUCCAUAUUUUGGAGAAAAGAAACAAUCUUAAAUGCUGAUGGGCAACAUAGUGCAGGGGAGCAGGGACUAGGUGGGGCAACAGAGAGAGAAAAUAUUACGUGUAGUAUGAGGAGACACAAAGAGAGAGAGUUUUCAAACUCCAAGUGUACUUUCCUCUGAAACUUGGCUUGAGCCCAAAGAUGCCUGCUUCCACACACUUCUCUGAUUUUGUAGCUGUUUGCUUCCCUCUGGCUGGCCAUGGAUUACUGCUUGUUAGUUGCGACUGUCGCUGAUCAGCUGAAGGGGCAAAGAUCAAUGCUGUGAGUCCAAAGACUGCAGUCUUACUGACGAUUCUUCAAGGGAUCAGAAUACGUCUACCUUUAUUGCUUCUACAAGAUAUAAGCAAAUAUGCAGAUGUUUCCAACUGAAAGAAAGCUAAUGUUAGAGUCAAGCAUUCAGGAAUUCACUGCAUAUGCAACCUUAGUUUGGUUCCGUCGCAGUAUACAUAUUUUUGGAGAGUUUGUUAACAUGUUUCCUGUAUGACCCUGUUGCCUCUUCUACUGUACAGCAUGAGCAUUGCCCUCUGAAUCAGAUUUAGUAUAAAAUGGAUGCCUCAUUUGUUGCAGAUCUUGGAAGCCUGGAAAACAAGACAAGAUUGUAAGAGGAGGUGAUCACAUUUAGAGAGCUGUUGACAGUUUUUAUGCUGUUCCAGGACUGUUAGCAAAUCUACAAAUGGAAGAGUUUUAUUGCUGAUGGUGUUAGCCAUGUUUUGACUGAUUUGCAGAGUUUAGCAGGUGCAGCUGAAAUUAAGAGGAGUUUUAUGUGCAUAUAAAGUGCUGUAAAAAUAGUAUAUACGUUUGUAAAAUCAGUUAUGAAGUGCUUUAUAACUUAAUGGACAUGUGAUAGUUCUAGCCUUCAGCUUCCUUAUACAUGAGUUCUUUCUUCCAGAAAGAAAUGAAGUGGUACUUAAUAUUUCAGAUAACCGUAGAAAUACUUGUUGAUUGUUUGAUUUUUCUCCCCACUUCCCCAGUAGAGUGAGGUGGUUGUAAUGGCUGCUAACUAAUGAAGGGGUUGGCAGUUGGUAUUCCUGCUGCUGUCCCUGUUGCCUCCUCCUUUGUGUCAGCAUUUGUUCUCCUCUGAUGUAUACUGAACCAGUUCAAGAAGUUUUCUGCUGGUUUAUCUGUCAGGGCAACUCUGAGGUUAAGAUGGCAGAUGGAUAGGGAGGAGGUUUGUCUUUCCAGCAGCAGGUAACCACAAUUGAAUAGGCUUAGCUGCACUAUAAAGCUAUACUCUUAUAAACUGGGAAACUCCACAAGGACAAAAGUUUAAUUCUGUUUUCAGUUUAAGUUAAGGGUAGUGUGCAGUAAAUAAGAUGCUAUUGCACACAUUCAGUGAUGGCAGCAGUAGAGGAAAUGCUGAGUAUUUUCCAUUUUAAAUACUUUCUCCACUUUAAACAGACUUGAAGUUGUAUAGCAAACUGGUUGCUGAAAGGCUUAGUCUAACCUACACAGUGGGACAAAUUAAAGUUAUGAGCAUUUCCUAACCUUUGAGUGUAUCGUGAUUUUUGUAACAUCAACAUCUUUAACAGAGUGGAGGCUUUUUGGUAUGCGAUGAGAAGCGAGUCUUGUUAGUUCAAUGCUCAAAUUCCUGGCUUAAGCAAAACAUGGGUGCUACUUUUUCUUCAAGGGACUUGGAUUGGGAAAAAACUCGAUGUUCACAACUAGAGAAAUUUCAGAGCUUUGUCUUCUGUUUUUAGGUUUGAUUUAUCAAAUAUUUCUGUACAAACCUACUCUUUUUACACCAGUGUUUUUCUUCUUUAUGGAUACUCAAUCACUUUUAUAACAUCAGUGUCUGCAAUAUUUAGAUGCAAAAGCUCACUGCCAAAGUAAUUCUCAUCCCAGACAAAUCUGUGGCAACAAAGAGCAGAUCAUGUUGAUCUCAUGAUCAAGUGCAAAUAGCUAAACAUUAAAGAGAUAUCUUAAAUAUUUUCACCUUUCAGUCGAAGUUCCCUUUUGAAGCCGCUUUCUUUUUAAUAGGGGAGUUUUCAUAGUUUUCAUACUUGAAAUAUUAAAAAAAAAAGAAAAAAAAAAAAAAAAGCAGAUGCUAGCAAGUCUUUCCUAGAUGAAACUGAUUUGCAGUAAGUAUUUUGAAUUGUAUGAAUAGUAACCUUAUUUUUGGCCCUCCCACAGCUAAACUUUCAAAAUUGUUGGUAAAUUAUUUGGUAUUUCAAUUAUGUUUCUAGCACUGUGUGAAAAUUUAGUGUGGAUUGUCUUUAAUGGAUUUUCUGCAGCACAGAUUUUUAAAUGGAUACUUUGAGGCAUUCAUAUACAAACCACUGUUUAUGAAGGAAUGGAUUUUACGUUGUUUCUUUUCAAAAUAUGCAAGCCAUUUGAACUCUUUUGCUGACGCUUAUGUUGAGGAAAUGCGCACCUGUUUUCGAAGUCUUUUGUUUAUUCUUUUGCCAUGUAAAGAUCCAUAUUUACUGAUAAAUUAAGGGAGAGAUUAAAAGAGAAAAUCCAUUCAUAACCGGGUUUAAAUUGUUUGCUGUUUUAUGUGAAUUGAUUAAUUCAGUGCAAAUUAUUUUGGCAUGAAAGUUCAUCCUUUGGUCCUUCUUAAUCCUUUGGAGAGUUUCAAUAAAAAUAACUUCUUCACAUUCUUACCUACUUGAA